AUGCUCUCAUCGCAACCUCAGGGCCGGGGCGUAUCCCCUCCUGUACGGGAGUUCGGAGUCCCCACGGUUUGCGCAGCAUGCGCAGUGAUCGCUGGGGCCACUGUGGCCCUGCAAGCUUCAGGUGGGAUGCGAGGCAAUGUUACUGUCAUAGCUGUGGAAGUUGGUGCUGUCGUGGCAUUGACUGGCUUCCUUGCUUGGCGUUUUCUGGGUGGUAGUGCUUCUGGAGCCGAUAAGGAUAUGCAAUGCGAACCAGCGAAACUAAAAGAUGCCGAUGCCGUCAAGCCGCAGCCAGAUAACGGCUGUUGUAAAGGUGCCUGUGGUUUUGCCUGUGAGGGAGAGGCCGAGGAAAAAGAAGUGGGAGAAGCAGAUAUCAGCGGCACCGACCUGGAGGACUUACGAAGUAGCGAUGAUGACAUGAAAAGAGCUGCACGCGUAACGGGUCUGUACACGUACAUUCAACCAAGUACGACGAGGCGACGAACUACAAAGCAGAUGGACAGCGAAGGCAAUCAAACCAGUGACAGGGAUAACUCGACGACUGCAACGACUCCCCCAUCAUCGGCUACUCACGCUGUUGAAGGGGCCUUUCUUCCCGGACGCGCUAAGAUUUUUUUUAAGACUUUCGGGUGUUCUCACAACAUAUCAGACUCGGAGUACAUGCAAGGCCUGCUGCACGAGUCGGGUUACCGCUUUGUAGACUCUCUGGAGGAAGCAGAUAUUUGUGUGGUGAACUCCUGCACAGUGAAAAGCCCAUCAGAGUUCGCUUUAUAUUCAGUCAUCAGAGCUGCACUGGGCGAAAUACCAAACAAUGUGGAGACCACAGGAACCAGUAGUACGAGGCAACAAGGAAGGAAUGCCUAUUCGUCUCAAUCCAUCAUGGACAAUGCACAUAGGACCAAUGACAGUGGGACCCACAGCUUGGUGGAACAGCAGCAGAAACAACAGCACGAAGAGCAGCGCCAACGGGAAGAAGCAGAUCCGCAAAGGGGACAAACGCGCACAACUCGGAGACUAAAACGGAGGAUCCCCUGCGUUGUGGCAGGCUGCGUUCCUGGGGCAUCCAAGGGAGGCAGACGAGACCAAAGCACACGAGAGGCACAGCUGUCCUGGAAAGACGCGUUGCUGUCUCAGUGCUCAAUCGUAGGUGUAGCAUGUAUUGGGCGGAUUGUGGAAGUUGUUGAAGAAGCACUUCAAGGUAGAAUUGUCCACCUCACGAGCGGCAAAGGGCUCCCGCCCCUAAAUUUACCGAAGAUUCGCCGGAAUCGUCUUAUAGAGAUUGUUCCCAUUAGCACAGGCUGCCUCGGCAAUUGCACUUACUGCAAAACAAAGCAUGCAAGGGGUGACCUGGGUAGUUACCCCGAGGAGGUUAUUGAAUCCCGAGUUAGCAGUGCCUUAGAAGAGGGCGCAACUCAGAUCUGGCUUACGAGCGAAGAUACAGGAGCUUACGGCUUGGAUAUAGGCAGCAGCCUCACAAAGCUUCUCCGUCGCCUUCUGAAGUUGCCCCUUCGAGAGGAAAUUAUGCUGCGCGUGGGGAUGGGGAACCCGCCGUUCUUGCUGGGUCAGCUAGCGGCGGCGACAGACAUUUUAGGCCAUCCGAAUGUGUUUGAGUUCUGUCACUUGCCGGUGCAAUCCGGGAGCAACCGGGUCCUCAGUCGUAUGAAGCGUGACUAUACGGUAGAGCAAUUCAAAACAGUGGUAGAUGCGUGCCUUCAAGCCCACCCAAGAAUGAGCAUCAUGACUGAUGUCAUCUGCGGCUUUCCGGGGGAGACAGAAGAGGACCACCGCCAGACUUUGCAGCUGUUGUCGGAGUAUAGCUUCCCCGCAGUCAACAUCAGCCAGUUCUACCCCCGCCCAGGCACCCCAGCGGCAGCAAUGAAGCAACUCCCGUCGCAGGUGGUCAAGCGACGCAGCAGAGAAGUGACGCAGCUCUUCGAAUCCUAUACUUGCUACGACUGGAUGGUCGACACAGUUCACAAGGUUUGGUUCUCUUUCCAUUCGGAUCGCAGCGACCACACAGUUGGCCACACGAAACAAUACGUCAAAGUCCUUGUGGACAGGCACGUUUUUUUCGCCCUAUAG